AUGCCACCCGCCGUCGCUCCCCGCAUCGAUCCGCAUUUAACAGAGUCUGUCCCAAUCGAGGCCGCUAAGUGUCGCUGGAGUGACUUUCCCUGCGGCAUGAUCGUAUGGGAUCUAUCGCCUACUGGAAUUACGCGACAUCUCAAGGAGCAGCAUUUCGACGACAUAGUCAACAUCUGGCAAGAUAGGAAGCGUGGAGACUGCCGGUGGUCGACUAGUGGUCAGCCCUGCCGUAGCGAGCUGUACUACGGUGGCUUCGGCAAGCAUGUCGCCUCAGUUCAUCUGAAGAGCGUUUCCUGCAAAUGCCCAGCAUGCGGACGGGAGUGUUGCAGGCUAGAUGCGCUCAAGAGGCAUCAACGGGAGACAUGCGUGGGGCAGGCGCCCACGGACAAUUGA